UGUCAAUAUAUGCAAAGACACGCCGCUGCUUAAAUGGUUAGUUCGAUAUCUUUUGAUAGUGCCCAUAAAUUUCAAGUGAAUAUUUAAUUGCUACUCUGCCAUUGUUUUGAUAUUGUACUCUCUUAUCGACGGGGAUUUCAUUUCGGGCGCGGAGUGAAUAUUGCGGAUUUCAUUAGAACUGUGAUUAGAGCUCGGCCUAUGGAAUUUAAACAUCAGAAACAAAAGACCAUGGUACGGGGCCUCGUUUUCCCAGUGGCCGUGAUUAUGUUCUGCUGUAGUCACGUGACAUCGCAGGUGUGUAACCAGGGAUGUAUGAUGGAUCCGUGUAACAGUACAGACGAAAUCCUAAUAACAGUUUCAGAUAACACAACAGUUGGUUCAGCUAUUGCGACUUUCACGUCUUCUGGAGUAAACAUCACGUUCAAGGAGCCUUGCUCAUUAUUUAACAUGACUGACGAGGCUAACGAAUCGAAGAUUGUGUUGAAUAUUGACCUGCAAAAGCCUUGCUUCGUGUCGCCCCAACAGUGUAGUAUGCAGUGCCAGAAUCUGCAACGCCGAUCAAACAUGGUUGAACGCUCUGUAAAACUGCUUGUGUACGCUAUCAACACGGACGCCCCUAAGUUUAGGAAUUCGACAUACACGAUUUCAGUCCCAGAGAAUACGACCAUUAAUUCAACAAUCGUUGAUUUUGGAAAAGAACCGCUUGUCCCCAUAGAUGAAGACUGCACCAACCAAUCAUUCCUCUUUCGUCGAGGACAGGGCGGAAGUAAUCAGCUGUCAAUCAUCCCAUCAGGCAUCGUUCGUAAUAGUCAGCCGCUGGAUUACGAACAGACACGCACACACAGACUAUCUGUAGUGGCCACAUCGGGUAAUGAUCCCGAAACAGCCACAACGGAGCUUAUCGUAGAAGUCAUCGACGUGGAUGACAACACGCCUACCUUUGAUAACACUGAGUAUAUCAUCAAUGUCACAGAAGAGAGUACAACCGAAUGGAUGACUUCAUUUCCGCCAAUCCAUUGCUAUGACCAGGACCUAGGAGUCAAUGCUACAGUGGUGUAUGCAUUUAAAGAUUCUCGUAACAUCAGUGCUCAUCUUGAGAUGGACUCGCGGACUGGCCGAAUUCGAAUCCACACUGCAAUUGAUCGAGAAACAGACCCUGCUCUAAGACUAGAUCUUUUGUGUUACCAAGAAGAUGACGUUAAAAAGACAGCAGCAGCCGUGUUAAUUGUCACAGUUUUAGACGUCAAUGACUGUGCCGCUGAGUUCCAGCCGACUCUCUACAACGUGUCCUUGCCUGAACAUAGCCUGGGAUAUGUGACCAAAGUCCGCGCUACUGAUUGCGACAUAGGUCCAAAUGCCGAGAUUUGCUACAAGAUUGUUAGCAAUACGACAGGGUUUUCCGUGGGUGACACAGGCGUUCUCAGUGUAGAUGUCAGGUCGGCGAUGGACAGAGAAACGAACGGAUUUAUUGUCAUACUGAUAGCCGGCGAGGACCGAGUAGGGAACAGGUCAUCAAACACUGCCACAGUGGUCAUCACUCUGCUUGACAUCAAUGACAGAACACCGCAAUUCGAAGAAUCCGGGUACCUGUUCGAGGCAACGUACACGUCGCCCAAUGCGUUCAUUGGAACUCUGUCCGCAACAGACGGUGAUCAGAACGGGACCGGCAACGCUAACGUCAGCUAUUUCAUCGAUGAGUCGCUCUCGCUAGGGAAUGUUCCUUUCACGGUGGAUGGGCGGACAGGAAACAUCACUGUACGGGGCACGGUAGAAUAUAAGGGCAGUUACAGGUUUAUUGCCAAGGCUUGUGAUAACCCGGCAGACCAAAGUGACAGGCGCUGCAGUCUGGUACCAGUAUCAGUGAUUUUUGACUGGAACGCGACCUUCUCCUAUCUGAAAGUCAACAUGAAAGUACCGGAGAAUGUGCCGAUUGGAACUUUAAUUGAUGCUAUUCCGUUAAAAGGCAACUCUUACGCUUGUUUAACGACGGGAUUUGCUGUUGAUAACCGCAGCCAUAUGCUGAUGUCGACGAUGCCGUUAGACAGAGAACAGCAAGAAACGCACCAAGUGGACGUUUUAGUUUUGCUGGACUCACAGGUUUUAGCCAAUGUUACGGUCAACCUGACCGUACUGGAUGUGAAUGACAAUGUGCCAGUGUUUGAGGAAGCCCAGUACUUCAUUAAUCUGCCGUUUGGUGGAGGAUCCGACUUUCAUCUUCCUACUUUAAAUGCUACAGAUGCUGACAAGGGAGUUAACAGCAACAUUACAUACAGCUUACGCAAUGGAGACACUGACAUGUUCACUAUUGACCCAAUGCGCGGCAAGCUCAAAACAGGGCCAGGCUGGACGAACGCGACCAUCAGUAUCUUUUCACUGUACCGCUUUGAGGUCUUUGCUACGGACAUGGGGCAACCCGCAUUGUCCUCUUCUGUGCCUGUCGUGUUUUCAUUUCUGCGCACACACGAAGACGGCACUGUAGAAAUACCAGUUCCUAUAGAUAAGGAAACGUUCAGACGACAGUCUGCAAAACUCCAAAGUUCAAUGGCGCGUUUACUUCAAGUUGAAAAUGUGCAAAUGACGCACCUAGAAGAGAGAAAAGACCGCACGGGAAUUCUAAUGUCGAUAAUUCAAGUUGGUGCGUUUAAUUCAACUAACGCAGCGGUGCGACUCGGCGACUUACAAAGGUCAAUAACCGACAACUGGGCUCAGAUUCAGGACCUUUUCCACACCUACAUGUCUCUAUCUUCGAUAAAUACCGACGCCGACGGCUCCCUAUCGCCCGCGGAAAUGAGCCUGAUUGCAGUGGCCGGCGUUAUCUUCGUCGGAGGAUUAGUCGCUAUAGUCAUCAUUUGCCGACAGUGGAACAAUCAUAUAAAGGAGCAUAGGCUAUACGACACUCUCAGAAGAUCCAGUACUAUGUACUCCACCCAGGAGUUGAGCCUAGACUUCUAUCAUGAUAUCCCGAGCGGCUACAGCACGCAUAGACGCACCCAGAGCGACCAAUCCGAACACAACUACGAAUUUCAAAGCAGUUUUGGCCUGGGGAUCAUCAACAGUGGUUACGCGGUCAACGACGAGGACGCUCCGAAAACGCCGAUAUGGAGCACAAUCAGCACGCCGAGAAUUCCCCGAUGGACCACCACUGACUCUUUGAAGGAUGCCAUGGAAAGUCUGGAUGCUCUGACCUCGAGAUUGAACGCCGAAGACACCAUCUCGGGCGUGACCAGCAUUUCACUAGAACGACGGUCUUUAAAGUCGGCAAAGAGUGAGCCGAAUUCUCCCAGAGGUUGUGAAAUGAACAGCAAUCAAGCGCUCAAGAAAGCCCAUUCGUUUUCCCCUGCGUCUAGAAAUGAAUUGAAUAAAAAGUCACCGGACGGUGUCUACGUAAACGGUUCAGUGGUGAAUGAAAAGGACAGUCCUUACGAAAACGACGUUACUGCGCCAGACUACGCACAUAGAUGGGGUUAUGUCGGAUAUAAUGAUAACAUUGGCGAUCUUCCUGACGAAAAUACCAUCACUAUUGGUGAUUACGUUAAUACAAAAGACACGGAUCAUAUUAUCGAGGAAUGUACUGCAUUUUAAAAUACAUUGUACAGUGAACAAACAGUUAUCUUACACAAAAUAUCAAACAUGUGACAUUAUUGGUUACUCAAUAGUUGAAGGAGUUUGUACAGUUUCAUAAUAAGAAUGUUUUUUUCUGAACAUACUUUUAUGUGAAAUAUCUACAACACGUUUAAUAAAAUAACAAAAAUGCA